AUGACCACCACCGUUCAGCGCGAGUUCAACGAGGCUCCCAAGCUUGACCCUAAGACCACUGUUCAUGCUAUCCCUCCUUGUGUUGUUCACGACACUCCCGUUUUGGAUGUCCUCGACGAGACAAAGCACUAUGGUGACUGGCGUGACGACCUCGCUCGUGAUGGUUUUUGCGUAGUGAAGAAUGUUCUCGAGAAGGAAAAGGCUCUCAAGUACGCCGAAGACAUCAAGGACUGGCUCGAGGGUUUCGGACUGGGUUACAAGCGUGAUGACCCCUCUACCAUCCGCGAAGAGUGCCUCCCUAUCAUUCACCAAAAGGGUCUACUCCAAGCAUACGGUGCUACUCACGAAUCUUUCACAUGGGAUGUUCGCCAAGAACCUGCAGUCAUUGACGUUUUCGCACACCUCUACCAGGACCAAGACUUGAUCUGCUCAUUCGAUGCCGUCAACGUCUCUCUCGCCAACCGUCAAGAUCUACCUGCCAACGGUGCCUGGCCUCAUCAGGAUCAGGACCCAGAGCGUGGUGGUCUUCGUUGUGUUCAAGGAUUUGUCAACCUCUUGCCCAACGGUCCCGAGGAUGGCGGUCUCUUGGCCCUGAAGGGUGGACACAAAGUCAGCGAGGAGUAUCACAAUGUCUUCAGGAAUGAGCACCGUGAGUUCAGAUGGACAAAUGAGAUGUACCUGUUCAAGGAGACUGGUCUCAAGUGGUUGGCCGACAGAGGUCACGAGUGGGUCAAGGUUGAUGCUGAGCCUGGCGACCUCGUUCUUUGGGACUCUCGCACUCCUCACUACAACGCCUCCCCCAAGAAGGAUACCGACAGAUUCGUCGUCUACGUUUGCAUGUUGCCAGUAUCAACAGCGACUCAGGAUGAUUUGAAGCGCAAGAAGGAGUGCUUCGAGAACCAAGACGGUCACAGCCAUUGGCCCAUGGCUCUCCAACCCUUCAUCAAGGCAUUCCUGGAACCCAUGCGUAACGGCAAGCCCGAUCCUCACAACACAUGGAAGCCUCGUCAACCACCACAGUUGACUGAGAGAGGAUACAAGCUUACUGGUAUUCCUUAUAUCAAGGCUUGA